UAAAGGGCAAAAUCCCUAAAAAAAAGUGAAAAGAAAAGGGUAGUGUCCUCCAUAAUCCCUCCCCCACCCUACACCCAAAAUCAAUUAAAUCCAUAAUCUCUUGUCCCCUUUUCUCCCUUCAAAUUCAAUCCCCAAUUCCACUUUUCAACAAUUAAAAAAAAAAAAACAAAAUCACUCUUUUAGGGUUUUCAAUUUCUCAACAUUCAAAAACAAGAAUUAUCCGAAAUGGAUGGAGCAAGCGGCGGCAGUGGCGGCGGAGAGGGUUCAGCCACCCAAAUACCGGCGCCGACACCGAUGCAAAACGCGAACGCACCUCCACCGUUUUUGAGCAAAACGUAUGACAUGGUGGAUGAUCCUUCAACGGAUGCGAUUGUUUCAUGGAGCGCAACCAACAACAGUUUCGUUGUUUGGGACCCGCCGGAAUUCGCUAGAGACCUUCUGCCGAAGUUUUUCAAGCAUAACAAUUUCUCAAGCUUCGUGAGACAGUUGAAUACUUAUGGUUUCAGGAAGGUCGACCCAGACCGUUGGGAAUUUGCAAAUGAGGGCUUUUUGAGGGGUCAAAAGCAAUUGCUUAAGAGUAUUAGUCGAAGAAAACCUGCCCAUGGUCAUACUCAACAACAGGCUCAGCAACCGCAUGGACAGAGUUCAUCAGUUGGGGCAUGUGUAGAAGUCGGAAAAUUUGGGCUUGAGGAAGAGGUUGAGAGGCUUAAAAGAGAUAAGAAUGUUCUCAUGCAAGAGCUUGUGAGGUUGAGACAGCAGCAACAAACCACCGACAGCCAGCUGCAAACAAUGGUUCAGCGGCUUCAAGGAAUGGAGCAACGACAACAGCAAAUGAUGUCAUUCCUUGCCAAGGCCGUCCAAAGCCCUGGUUUCUUUGCUCAGUUUGUGCAACAGCAAAAUGACAGCAAUAGGCGCAUAACUGAAGUCAACAAAAAGCGUCGGCUCAAGCAGGAUGGUAUUGCUGAAACAACAGAGCAAGCUACCCCUCCUGAUGGACAAAUUGUUAAAUAUCAACCUAUGAUGAAUGAUACAGCAAAAGCAAUGCUAAGGAAGAUCAUGAAAUGGGAUACUCCUCGUGUAGAAUCUUUCAAUAAAAACCCUGAUAAUUACUUGAUUGGCGAUGGUACUUCACCAUCCAGUGCAAUGGACAGUAAUAGCUCUACAAGCUGGAACUCUGGAGUAACUCUUCAAGAGGUUCCUCCAUCUUCAGUGCAGUCUACUCAAUUUCCAGUGGCAACAGGGACUCAAGGACACAUCCCCUCAUCAGAAAAACCUGAAAUUCUAUCUGUACCUCAAGCUGCAGCAUCUGCAAAUGUUAUGAAGGAUGGAACACAUGCAGCAUCGACUAUCCCGACUUCUCAAGCAGAUGUUAUAAUGCCUGAUAUACCUUCAGUACCAGAGAUUGUGCCAAAAAGUAUUCUUGAUAUACCUGAAAACGAUUAUAUGGCUCCCGAGACAGAUGAUGGAUUUAUGGAUCCGAGUUCACUUGGAUCAUUACCCAUUGAUUUGGAUUGUCUUUCACCCGGUGCAGACAUUGAUGAUUUGUUAAGCAGUUCUAUUUGGGAUGAUCUUCUGCAAACUCCAAUUCCAGAGGAUUUUGAGGCCAACAUAGACGAGAUAUCCAGAGGGAAUGAGGUGCAGCCAACAGAAAAUGGAUGGGACAAUAAUACUCAACCCCUGGAUCAACUAACAGAGCAGAUGGGUCUUCUUUCUUCUGAUGCCAAAAGAAUUUAAUCAUCUAUGAAAUUUUUAUUGACCUUUCAUACUGUCCAAGGGAGUCUUUGGAGUUGAACAUAUGUGAAAUAUAUAGUGCAGUUUUGUCCCCAGCUUGAUGUUUCCUUGGUGAUGGGGAAAAAUGGGAAAAAGGAAGAUAUUUGUAAUGAUCACUCAAAGUGUCUGAUAAGUGCACGUUGGUUCCUGCUUUGAAGAUUUACACAAGGACAGGAACAUUGGAUGCAGUUGUUGCUGCUUUGAACGUUACUCUGUUUAGUUGCUGGCUGUUUCUUCUUAUGUAACUGAUUUGUGAUGUUUCAAUUGGUGAAAAAGAAUGAGAUAAAAGAGAAUGGAAUUGAAUGCCACUCCACUAGAUGGAAUGGUACCUAGUGAUACUUAUUUCACCCCCACUUUCUUUUCUUUUUUUUGAAAAAUUAAAUCAAAUUUGGGAGUAUGAAAUGGAACCAAAUGAUUGUUUUUCUAAUUGUCA